AUGUCUCAGACUCCACCACACCUCUACAGCUUCACCAUCCAACCACCGCCCACUACGCCUCCAUCUAUCCCCCUCGUCCCGCCACCUACCUUCAUCCUCCGCGAGACCCCCACCCCCGAUCCCUCCCUGACUGCGAAUAACCUCAUGGCCGUCGCGUCGCUCGUCCCCGCAAGCAUUGAGUCCGCUAUCGCGGAUAUAUCGGGAGUAAGCGGCGAUGACCUCACUGGCACCCUCGCGGUCCCUGCCACGACCCUCAGUGACGGCUCGGGAGUGGGUUUCGUGUUUCGCAAUCUGAGGAUCGAGAGGGUUGGGAAUUGGAGGAUUCGAGUUAUUGUGCUGAGGAUGAGCGAAGGUGGAGCCAAUGCUGGUGGCAUGCAGAAUGGGAUUGGAAGGGUGGAAGCGAACGCUGAGGGGGCGAUUGUUGGAGUAGAGCUUGUGAGCAGGGUCGUGAGUGUUUCGGAGGAGGCUGAGGCAAAUGAAGAUAUAAGUGAGUAUUUUCCUAUUUUCUUAGAGUGGUUUUUCCUCCGGACAUUCCUUAUUGGUUACGCAAGAGAAGUCGGAGCUAGGCCCAUGUUCCUCGAUACAAUGGACUAA